AUGCCGUUCGAGCUGCUGCGGCAGCCGCUGCACUUUAUGCCGGACCAGGCGGCGGCGCCCCAGUGGCUGCGAGACGCCAACGCGGAGAUCGCGGCUGCCGACGGGUUCGUGGUGGUGACGCCCGAGUACAACUGCUCGCUGCCGCCGGCGCUGGUCAACAUGCUCGACCACUUCCCGCCGGCCUCCUUCCGACACCGGCCCGUCGGCAUCGCCUGCUACUCGCUCGGUCCGUUCGGCGGUAUGGUCUGGCUGUCCCCUGACUCUCCCUCCCGUCUGUCCAG